AUGCUUGGAUUUGCUGUGGCAUUCCAGCAAUCCCCCGUUAUCACCGGCUAUGCCAGGAUUGUGAAUGGUGAGGAGGCAGUUCCUCAUUCCUGGCCCUGGCAGGUGUCUCUGCAGGACUCCACUGGCUUCCACUUCUGUGGUGGCUCCCUGAUCAGUGAGUGGUGGGUUGUGACUGCUGCUCACUGCAAUGUCAGGACCUCUCACCAUGUCAUCCUGGGUGAGCAUGAUCGUUCCUCCAACGCUGAGUCCAUUCAGACCAUGACUGUUGGCGAGGUUUUCAAGCACCCUAACUACAACAGCUUUACCAUCAACAAUGACAUCCUCCUGAUUAAGCUGGCCACUCCCGCUCAGCUCAACAGUCACGUGUCUCCUGUGUGUCUCGCUGAAACCAGUGACAACUUCCCUGGAGGCAUGAAGUGUGUGACCUCUGGAUGGGACCUGACCAGACCAGCUGCUAAUACCCCACCCCUGCUCCAGCAGGCCGCUCUGCCUCUGCUGACCAACACUGACUGCAAGCGUUACUGGGGAACCAACAUCACUGAUCUGAUGAUCUGUGCUGGAGCCUCUGGUGCUUCAUCUUGCAUGGGUGAUUCUGCUGGUCCUCUGGUCUGUCAGAAGAAUGGAGUCUGGACUCUGGUUGGUAUUGUGUCCUGGGGCAGUAGCGUCUGCUCAACCAGCUCGCCUGGUGUGUACGCCCGUGUCACCAAACUCCGUGCCUGGGUUGACCAGACCAUUGCUGCAAACUAAAGCACAAAUGUUUAUAGUAGUUCUUGGUCAUAAUUUUCAUCAAUAAAGUUUUAUUUUGAGAUAAAAAAA